UUGUGGCUCGGCAGGCAGAAAUCAACAGGUGAAGCAGCUCCCCCAGCAGCAGGGAGAGAAGCGUCGCCUGUGGACUGCGUGCUUGCCUGCAGACGUCCACCCUGUUGUGUUGCUUGGCUCUGAGCGCGCGGCUCGCUUGCCCUGCAGUGACCCGGCCCGGGCAUGGCUAUUUCGGGCUCGGCCGGCCCAGGCCAGCCUGCUGGAGCAGGGGGCGCGGGUUAGCGCCCAGCCAAUCGCGGCGCGGGGCGACGUCACGGGCGACGGAUGCUUGGCCGCGGUAACAGCAGCAGCAGCAGCAGCAGGAAGGAGGUGUCGUGUGCCAUAAGUGUAACUGCCCCCCUCCCACCGCCUUGACCCCUGGGGCUAAGGAAGAGAGAACAGAUGUGGCCCAUUUGGAGCAUGCAACUGGAGAAGGCUUCCUGCGACCUGGGCUUCACCGAAGCCAUCAACAAAAGGAUGCAGGUCCCCAGCCGGCUGAAGGUGGCAGAGGACCCCAGUGCAGGAGAACUGCAGGGGGCGAUCCCGAAGGACUGCCCCCCAUCCUACCAGAUGCACAUCCCUGACAGGAUCCUGCUGGCAGAAAUGACAACGAAUGCUGCUUUCCAGCCUCACUUCCUUAGCCAGCUGUCAUACCAGCCCCUGCCUCUUGAGGAGCCCCUGCUGGAGCCAGCCAUCCAGCCGGCCAUUUACGGAGAACACCCCUUCCUCACCUUCAUCUCUGGACCUGGAUCCCCAAGGCGCAAACGGCUGGCACAUCAAAGCAGGGCCAGAAAGGAGAGGGUGCUGGCGAAGAAUCCUCAUCUGGGCUUGGGAGCUCUUGACCAGAGGCAAGACUGGCAGAAGCCAAGUGAACCGCCCCCUGCCUCCUCCACCCCCCAGCUUCCUCCGUUCCCUUUGGAGGGCAGGAUCUACUCCCUGCAGAAUGUCCUUCAGGUGCUGUGGUUCCUGGGGCACCAGAUGUUCCAGCUGUUUCGCAAGCCUGGCCAAGCCCAAUGCAGUUCCCUGGAGAGAAGUGUGGCCUCAGUGAACUCUCUGGAGGACUUUGGCACCACAGAGGUUCUGGCAAUGAGGAAGCAGCUGAUGAAGAUCUCAGGGCGGCUUCAGCGCCUGGAGAAGCAGCGUGUGGGCUGGCACCAGAAGGAGCUGCUGUUCUACUCUGUGCUGGCCUCUUCCUGCCUUCUCAACAUGUGGCUUUGGCACAAAAGAUGAGGAAGCCACCCUGCUCCAAGCAGCAAGACUUGCUGCCAGCAGUCAACCUUGUGCUUGUUAGUUUUCACUGAGCACUUGCCUAGGUGUCCUGGGGCUUCCUUGUUUUGGGUUGCAGCAAAAGGGAAAUCGGCUGGAGGGGAUGUGCCUUGUGUGUGCAGAAGGACGAAGGCAAGAAAUUGGGCAGGGCUGGGGGUCCAACAGAAGGCAGCUACUCCUUAGUCGGGACUCACCUUUCUUUUGAAUAUGGCUUCAUAUGCGUGAUUCAUUCAGGCCUGAUGUGAUAUACUUUCUUUAGGGAGGGGUCCAAGGCAGCUCUAGCUGCAGUUAUGAUGAUGGGAUUGCCACCCAUACAAGGGAUGUUGAGUUGCCUUAAGAUGAUGGCUUUGGGGUAAGUGUUGAUUGGUGUGCUUGGGGUUAGUUACCAUCAAGGCAGGGUUGGUGGAGUAAAGGAGAAGGAUCAGGUUCUCACCUGCAGGAGGGUUGAUGGGAACAGGAAGGGUAGGAAGAGAUCGAUGGAAACUCUCAGGACCUCAGUCCCUAUAGUAAAAUAGAUUUAAAGCAGUGGGCAGUAUUUGUGGCCAGCUUCUGCUAGAAGUACAGGGGUAGGACUGAGCCAACCCGGGAAGAUCACAACCCCAGGGUUUCCCCAAGGCUUCUCAGGGUCCUCCAGGGCAAGCCAAGUUUUCCUUAGUGAGCUGAUGGUUUCCUGGCCAGUGGGCCUGUAUCUAACAGUUUGAGUGUCCUAAAAUUCUAAUAAAAUUUAUGGUAAAGAG